UUACGGAUAUAACAGGAAGGUUUAAUGACAGAGCGAGACACAUUGUUGUGCCUGCAUUUCUCGAGGGAGACGCGUUCAUUCAGGCGUUCAGGCGACAGAAAAACUCCCUCACUUCCCCUUUCUGCCCUCUCACUUCAGUUCUUCCGCAAAGCAGGUGUUUCCAACAGCGCGUUUCAGAUGCAGACGCUUCUAACUGCCGUGCGUUUGCCUAUUUACGCUUCCCCAUGUGAGUAAUACAGUGUCCUGCGUUUAAGUCUUUCAGGCGUGUAUUUUUCUCAGAAAGGCAUCAUGAAGUUCAACGGAUAUCUGAAGUUGCGUAUCGGUGAAGCUGUGGACCUGAAGCCCACGACCACCUCCAUGCGCCACGCUGUGAUGUUCAACAAGGCGACCCAAACCCUCGACCCCUACAUAGUCGUGAAAGUGGACGAGUAUAAGAUCGGACAGACGCACACUAAGCUGAAAACCAACAUGCCCACUUAUAACGAGGAGUUUUCCGUUAACGUAAACAACGGUAAGCAAGUGGAGCUGGCCGUUUUUCAUGACGCACCGAUCGGUUACGACGACUUUGUGGCCAACUGUACCAUCCAGUUUGACGAUCUGAUGAAGACCAACAACAAAGAGGAGUCUUUUGAAGGAUGGGUUGAUCUUGAACCUGAGGGUAAGGUUUACAUCCUGGUUACUCUCACAGGCUCAUUUAUAGAUGAGGAUGCUGGAGGAAACGCGCGGCCGUACAAAGAGUUUAAUCGAAAACGGCAACAGGCAGUCAGAAGAAAAAUUCACCAAGUCAACGGGCACAAAUUCAUGUCAACUUUCUUAAAGCAACCAACAUUCUGUUUCCACUGCAAAGAGUUCAUAUGGGGUGUUUUUGGAAAACAGGGCUACCAAUGUCAAGUUUGCACCUGUGUUGUACACAAGCGAUGCCAUCAAUUUGUGGUUACAGUUUGUCCACGCAUGAAGAAACCUGCCAAGGAGCAGAGUACAAAUCAGGGUUUCAGUAUAAACGUUCCCCAUAAAUUCAGCAUCCACAAUUAUAAAGUUCCUACCUUCUGUGACCACUGCGGCUCUUUGCUGUGGGGCAUCGUACGUCAAGGAUUGCACUGCAAAAUUUGUAAAAUGAAUGUCCAUAUCCGCUGUAAGGGAAAUGUUGCACCAAACUGUGGAGUCAACAAUGUUGAACUGGCCAAUAAACUGGCAGAAAUGGGCCUUCAGCCGGGAGGACUGACCAAACGCAACUCCGUGGGUCUUGCGGGUUUGGACGCUCAGUCCCGGACACUAAGUAUUAGAGGAGAACGAGGGCAGUCUAAAAAAGAGCAGUGUCUAAAGCUGGGAAUCUCCAACUUCACGUUGUUGCAGGUGUUGGGAAAAGGCAGCUUUGGCAAGGUGAUGUUGGUCCGGCUGAACAGUUCAGAUCAGGUGUUUGCAGUCAAAGUCCUGAAGAAAGACAUCAUACUGCAGGAUGAUGAUGUGGAGUGCACUAUGACAGAAAAACGAGUGUUAUCUCUCGCUUCCUCUCAUCCUUACCUCACCCAGCUCUACUGCUGCUUUCAGACACCGGAGCGUUUGUUUUUCGUAAUGGAGUUUGUGAAUGGAGGAGAUCUGAUGUUUCAUAUUCAGAAAUCCCGAAAGUUCGAGGAGAACCGAGCCAGAUUCUACACAGCGGAGAUCACAUCUGCGCUUAUAUUCCUCCACAGCAAGGGGAUUGUAUACAGGGAUCUAAAGCUGGAUAAUGUUUUGCUGGAUAAGGAUGGUCAUUGUAAACUGGCUGAUUUCGGCAUGUGUAAGGAAGGGAUGUCUGAGGGUAUUGUGACUGGAACCUUCUGUGGAACCCCAGAUUACAUUGCACCAGAGAUUCUCCAGGAAUUACUGUACGGGCCAUCGGUUGAUUGGUGGGCUCUCGGUGUGCUUCUCUAUGAAAUGCUCUCAGGGCACGCCCCCUUCGAGGCAGAGAACGAGGAUGACCUUUUUGAGUCCAUCCUGACAGAAGAGAUCAUCUACGCGUCCUGGCUCAGCACAAACGCUGUCGACAUACUUAAAGGGUUUCUGACAAAGAAUCCAUCCCGGCGCCUGGGUUGUGUAGCUACAGAGGGUGGAGAAACUGCUGUAACCAGUCACCCAUUCUUUACCGACAUUGACUGGGACAAACUUAACCAGCGAGCGCUUGAACCACCUUUCAAGCCCAGAAUUAAAACUGCAGAAGAUGUAAAUAACUUUGAUCCAGACUUCACCCAAGAGGAUCCUACACUUACACCCAUCGAUGAGUCCAUCCUCCCGUCCAUCAGUCAGGACGACUUCAGGGGCUUCUCCUUUACCUCUUCUGAACUCUUGAAAAUGGUUUCAGAUUUCCAAAGAGCUGAAGAAACAAGUGAUGUCAGGAAAGAAUGGACCUCAGGAGAAUUCUGUGAUUUCGUUGGACCAAAUGGGUUGUGACAGCGUACACUUGUGUGAGCAGUCUUUGCAUCUAAGCCAGUUCAAAACUGCAUUUUAGUGGUCUAGCUUUCUUUUGCCAUACACUUGUGCUUUAACACAACGGGGGAUUCUCUUUGUGUAAAACGCAUCGCAAGACACCCAAUCCUGGGAGAGACUAGUUUACAUUGAAACUGAUCUAUGGAUGAACAGGUCAGCUUAGUGUCUAAAUUAUCUAACAGUGUUUAGAAAACUUGAUUUGAACGCUCUUCACUUUCUGUGUCCAACACAGACAACAUCAUACAGAAGCAUUGUCAGAAUAGUUCUGUUGUCAUAGAGCACAACUCAAAGUUGGAAUGCGCCUGUGUUUUUUAAUGGAAACUCUAGUUUUGUAAAAACAUUUCUAUGUACAUUUGUCUGUCUUUUUGUCUGUUUGUGUGGUAUUACACUUUAGGUCAGAAUUUCACCCAUUAUUCAAUUCCAGCCUGUCUGGAUGUGUUUUAUUGUUGAUAAAGGUUGCAGUAUUGAG